AUGAAGAACAGAAAGCAAGUGGUUAAAAACAAGGGGAAUGAGGAGACAAACUACCAUGGAUUUGGUUCAUUAAAGCCUGGUAUUAGCAAAGGAAGUUUAGAUUUUAUUCAGAACCACCUUAAAUUUACAUUUAUGUCACCUGUUCAAGAAGUAACUAUUCCAGAGUUACUUACACACAAAGAUGUUGCAGUAGAAGCCUGUACGGGCUCAGGAAAGACAAUGAGUUACUUGGUUCCAGUUAUUGAGAUUCUUUUAAAGAGUAAUAUUCAGUCCAGAGGUAUUUCUAAUUUUAAUAUGGGUUCACUCAUUCUAACUCCAACCAGAGAAUUAUCAAUCCAAGUUUUUGAGAUUCUGGAGCGGUAUUUGGAGACAAUCAGCCUAUAUAGGGAAAAAGAAGGUGCUGGAAAUAUUCUAAAGAGCCUGAUUUGCAUUGGAGGAGGAAAUGUUAAUAAGACAUUUGAAUUUAUUAAACAAGAAGCAGAAGAAAAACCUUUGAAAGAUUGUAAUCAAUAUUACAUCCUAGUAGGCACUCCUGGCCGUGUUUUUCACUUAUUUGAAAAUCUUAAGGAUGGUAUUGAUUGGAAUGUUAAGUCUAGUUUAGAGAUACUUAUAUUAGAUGAAGCUGAUAGGCUUUUAGACAUGGGAUUUGAAAAUCACAUUAACAUGAUUCUUCAUUCAAUGCCAAAGCAAAGAAGAACCGGCUUAUUUUCUGCUACUUUGAAUGCACAGGUUCAAAAUCUUAUUAAGACUGGUCUUAGAAAUCCAAAGUUUAUUAAAGUAUCUAUAGCUUGCAAUGAUUUUGACAAACAAAGCAUUACCGAGAAGCAAGAUGAAUCUUCUUCUAAAGAUACAAAAUGCGAUAUAAGCGUCCCAAUUGGUUUAACAUGUUAUUAUAUUGAGCUGGGCCCUCUACUAAAGAUUGAGUUUCUUAUCAGAUUUCUACUUAAUUUGAGGAAACAACUUAACUCUGGAAAGCAAAUCAAAUGUAUUAUUUUUUUUCUAACUUGCAAUUCUGUUGAGUUCUAUUUUAAAUACCUUUCAAAACUUUUUCAUAUCCAUUCUAAAGAUAACAAGAAGAAUCCACCAAAAAACGACUACUAUUUAGAUUCGUCUCUUGGAAAGCUUUGCAAGUUACACGGCCAAAUGUACCAAAGAUCAAGAGAGAAAUCCUAUGAGGUUUUUAAAAGCUGUCAAAGUGGAGUUCUUAUUUCUACUGACCUUACAGCAAGAGGAAUAGAUAUUCCUGAUAUUGAAUGGAUCAUUCAAUUUGACGCUCCUCAGGACCCUUCAUAUUAUAUACAUAGGAUUGGAAGAACUGCCAGAGCUGGUAAGCUUGGAAAAUCAAUAAUAAUGCUUCAGCCUCAUGAAGGAGCCUUUAUUGACUAUAUUGAAAAAAAGACAAUGAGGAAGGUUUUUAAUUACAACCAUUUAGAAGGAGAGAAAAAUUCCGAAAGUACAUACUGUGGAAAUUAUAACUCUAUUGAAGAUCCAUUCUAUAAAGAAUCUAACCAAAUUCAAUUAUGCUACUGCAUUAAACUAAAUAAAGAAAUAAUGAGUAAAGAUGAAUUUCUAAUUAAUCAUUCAAAUAUUGACAGAAUAGGAUUGUGUACAAUCAGAAAGUUAAUGUUUAGUGACUUUGAGUUUUAUGAAAAAGCCAAGAAAGCUUUUGUAUCUUAUAUUAGAGCUUACAAAGAAUACCAACUUCCGUUUCUUUUCCCUUUUAAAAGCCUUUCUAUAGGGGAGAUUGCUGCCUCUUUUGCUUUAUUAAGGAUUCCAAGAGUGAAGGAAAUUCUUGGAAAGUCCAAUAUUUCAGGAAAAUUCCUUACAGGGUCCAAAAAUAUUCAUCCUGAUGAUUUCAACCCUAAUCCCAAAACUCAUAUUUCUAAUAAUACAGAUUCAGAAAACAGUAAAACUAUUGUAAACCCAAAAAAGCGAAAAGAAAACGAAAAUCCUUCAAUAAAUUCCGAGAAAAACAGCAACUCAAAAAGAUCUAGGAGUGAAAAAAGAGCCACUAAACGCAAAAUUGAACUAGACGAAUGGGAAACUCUACAGUUUGAAAACAAUCUUGCCAAAAAGUUAAAAACUGGUAAAAUCACUUACAAAGAAUAUCAAAAUAGGCUCAACAAGUUUUACCAAGAUGAUGAAACUUUAAAUGAAGAAACCCUAAAAAACAAUAACACACUUCAUAAAGCCCCAUUAGAUGAAGAGUCCUCCGAUUCUCUGGAUCCAAAUUCUGACGAUUCUACAGAUAAUGACAGUAAAAAUUACUCAAACUUAAAAACACUAAAUGUUAAUAACAAGCAAAAAAUACCUAAAUGGGUCAUCCAAGGCAAAAAAAACAAGAAAAAAAGAUAA